AUGGACCAAGCUGCUCGAGGUGCUGCUGCCAUUGAGUCCAAAGACUUUCGCCUGGCUGUGUCGCUCUAUACCAGAGCCCUCAUCGAACACCCUCACUCCCCAGACUACUUCAUCCAGCGAUCGCUCGCAUUCGCACGUCUCUCUCCACCCCGCCAUGACCUGGCUCUUAAUGACGCAGAAUAUGCCGUUCUCCUCGCGCAGAUACGUGCAAAGAGAGAGAAGAUCGAGGCCGCACAACAUCGACGAGUCGUGGCCCUUCACGGACUCGGACGUUAUGCAGACGCCAAAGCUGUUUUGCAGCUAAUAGCGAAAUGGAGAACUACCAAACCUGCACAGAUGGAGGGUAAUAUGUGGAUGGCAAAGGUGGAAGGGAAGUUGAAAGAUCUUCCAGAGUCGGAGAGAGUGUCGUCGGAGAAGGAAUAUCCGGAGAUCGACCUCCCAAACCAGACACAAAUGCAGCAGUUGCUCAAAGCACAAUUGAAGCCAGAUGGGUCUUACAAAUUCGAGGAAAAGGAAGCUGUCGAGAUGACUGCUCCUGACGCAGCAACUAGGACCACCAAGCCGAACGGAGAUGGGACCCUGACAGACGCAAGUCCAUCCACCGCUGCGCCCCCUUCUGUUCCAACCAAUAUCCGACACGAAUGGUACCAAUCUCCUCAAACAGUCACUCUGACACUCUACGCAAAGAAUGUCCCCAAAGACGCCUGUGAAAUUGAUAUCCAAGAAGAUUCUGUAUCCAUUUCCUUCCCUCACCCCUCCGACCCGCACUCCACAUUCACAUUUACCCUCGACCCGCUCUUCGCUCUCAUCGAUCCAUCCCAAAGCAGAUCUGCCGUUCUGUCCACAAAGGUCGAGUUGACGCUGAAGAAGGCGCAGGCAGGGAAGUGGCAUAACCUGGCGGGUGUUGCACCUUUGAAGGCACCGUCAUCAAAUACUGGCAGUGUAAAAACUUCGACGUCCAUGUUGACGGAUCCUUCCUCGUCUGCUACGCAACCAGCUGUGGUGAAGGAGAACGCUCCUUCCUACCCAACCUCAUCUCGCACUGGACCCAAGAACUGGGAUAAACUCGCGGACGAGCUCCACGCACAGACUAAAGCCAAAGCCAAAGCAGAAUCCAAAGGGAAGGCCAAAUCGAAGCCAGAUGACUCCUCCAAAGACACCCAAUCCAGCCCUCCCACCUCCGACGUUGGCGAAGACGCUGACUACGACUCGGAUUUCGACACCGGCGACGCCGUCGAUGGAUUUUUUAAGAAGCUCUAUGCCUCUGCGGACGAGGACACGCGUAGAGCCAUGAUGAAGAGCUUCUAUGAGAGUAAUGGGACCGCGUUGAGCACGAAUUGGAAGGAAGUGGGAUCGAAGAAAGUUGAGGAAGUUAAGAGCUCCCACGAAUGA